AUCUGGACUUGGAAUACCCUGAUCCUAUAGGGGGACACCUGGCUGAUGCAUGGAGUCUCUUAACACAUCCAAACAGACCGUGAUAUUACUCCCCCGCCAUUGAUGAAAACAGAGCCACAGAAAGCAAAACAAAGAAAGAAGAAAAAGAUUAUAUUUUUGUAAUUUUAUAGCCCUUAAACCCCUAUAAACCCCACAAAAAAUCUCAAGGACAUCAUAGUUUCAUCACCUGGGUUUGCUUUUAUCUUUAACAUUUUAUCUCACAACAUUGAUGUAUAACUGUUCCUUUAUUUUCUGAUGGCUCUCGUACCCAGUCGUCAAUUCUACCCAUCGACCUUCUUCGAUUCAUUUCAGAGCUCAAUCUCCAAGUUCCAUGGAACCCACAUCCAGUUCUUCAGGUACGGUUCUUCAAUUACUUUCAGAAAGCACACUUUUUUUGCGAGACAGUGUAGUUUUACCUCUACUUCAACCCCAGAACAGAACCCAGGAAAAAAAUAUAAUUUUUCAAGAAAAUCCCAGACCAAUAUUCAGUAUAAACCCAAUGAGAAUUUAUCUAGUAGUAGUUGGAUAGAUAAAUGGAAUGAACCCCGCCAACAAUUUCGGCCAAAAGCGCCUAGGGCCGUGUUGAAUUAUAGGAGUAGUGAAAGUAGCAAUCUGCAAAAUUCAGAUUCUGAUGGCAGUGAUAGUAGCAAUGGCAGUAAUGGUGGCGGAGGUGGGGGUGGUAGUACAAUGGAGAGGAUUGUAGAGAAAUUGAAGAAAUUUGGGUACAUUGAUGAUGCUAAUGAGAAUAGAGAGGAGAGGUCUGAGAGAGUGGUUGAGAAAGGAUCUGUAGAGGAUAUAUUUUAUGUUGAAGAAGGAAUGUUGCCAAAUUCAAGAGGUGGGUUUUCAGCGGAAUCGCCAUUUGGGGUCGAAAAUGUGUUUGGAGGUGAUGGUGAGGUAAGAUUUCCUUGGGAGAAACCAAAGAGGAAAGAGGAGAAAGAAGACGGUUCAAUGAGGAGGAAAGCUAGGAGUUCGUUGGCUGAACUGACUCUACCGGAGUCAGAGUUAAGGAGGUUGAGGAAUUUGACAUUUCAGAAGAAGCAUAAGACCAGGAUUGGGGGUGCCGGCGUUACACGAGAAGUGGUGGAAAUGAUUCAUGAGAGAUGGAAGACUUCAGAGAUUGUAAGAUUGAAAAUUGAUGGUCCUCCUGCACUUAAUAUGAAGAGGAUGCAUGAAAUAUUGGAGAGAAAAACCGGUGGUCUGGUGGUAUGGAGGUCUGGUACAUCUCUUUCUUUAUAUAGAGGUGUGAGCUAUGAGGUUCCUUCAGUGCAAUUGAACAAACGGACAUAUGAUAAAGAUGAAGUUUCUUCUACUUUACCAACAGUUUCUGAUAAACCAAUGGGAGACCCAUCCAGAUAUGCUUCUGAUAGAAAUGUGGAUAUGUCCCUAAAAAAGUCAGAAUCUACUUCCUUGGAAAAGAAAGAUACAGAAUAUGUGCCAGAAGUGAAGUACGAAGAUGAAGUAGACAAACUUUUGGAUGGUCUGGGUCCUAGAUAUGAAGAUUGGCCAGGAUGUGAUCCACUACCUGUAGAUGCAGAUCUGCUCCCUGGGAUAGUUCCUGGUUACCAACCUCCAUUUAGAGUACUUCCUUAUGGUGUGCGACCUUCUCUUGGUUUAAGGGAGGCAACGUCAUUACGAAGACUUGCUAGGGUUCUUCCACCACAUUUUGCCUUAGGUAGAAGCAGGCAGCUUCAAGGCCUAGCUGCAGCCAUGAUUAAAUUAUGGGAAAAAAGUUCAAUUGCAAAGAUCGCCCUCAAACGUGGUGUACAGCUAACUACUAGUGAGAGAAUGGCUGAAGAUAUCAAGAGAUUGACAGGGGGUGUACUGCUUUCUCGAAACAAGGACUUCUUGGUCUUCUACAGAGGAAAGAAUUUUUUAUCUCCGGAAGUCACUGAGGCAUUGCUGGAAAGGGAGAGAUUGGCAAAGUCUCUGCAAGAUGAAGAGGAGCAAGCUCGGUUGAGAGCAUCAGCAAUGGUUAUACCACAAAUUGAUGAACCUGAUAGAUCUAGAAUUGCUGGUACACUAGGAGAAACAUUGGAUGCAAAUGCUAAGUGGGGAAAGAAGUUGGAUGAUCAGCAUAAGAAAAAUGUAAUGCAAGAAGCAGAAAUAAUAAGGCAUGCAAAUCUGGUUGCAAAGCUUGAAAGGAAGCUUGCUUUUGCCGAACGAAAGUUGAUGAGAGCUGAAAAGGCCUUGUCUAAGGUGGAGGAAUUUUUGAAACCAGCACAUACACAAGCAGACCCUGAAAGCAUAACUGAUGAAGAGAGGUUUAUGUUUCGUAAGCUUGGUUUGAGGAUGAAAGCUUUCUUACUUCUGGGUAGACGAGGAGUUUUUGAUGGUACUGUAGAGAACAUGCAUUUACAUUGGAAGUACCGGGAAUUGGUUAAGAUAAUGGUGCUAGCUAAAACUUUUGAGCAGGUCAAAAAAACUGCACUAGCACUCGAAGCUGAAAGCGGAGGCGUCUUGGUUUCAGUAGACAAAGUUUCCAAAAGAUAUGCUAUAAUUAUGUAUAGGGGAAAGGACUAUCAGCGCCCUUCAACAUUGAGGCCAAAGAAUCUCUUGACGAAACGGAAGGCUUUGGCACGUUCAAUUGAGAUUCAGAGGCAGGAGGCUCUCUUAAAGCAUAUUUCAGCUGUGCAGAGUAAAGUGGACAAACUGAGAUCUGAACUUGAACAAAUGGAUACUGUGAAGGACCGAGGAGAUGAAGCUUUAUAUGACAAAUUAGAUUCUUCGUAUCCUUCUGAGGAUGAGGAAUCUGAGGAGGAAGGACCAGAAGCUUAUCUCCAGACAUAUAGCUGCGAAAAUGAUGACUAUGAUGAUGAAAGUAAUGGCCAAACUAACAAUCUCCACCUGGAAACUAACUUUCCUUACCAUGGCCACAAUCAGGAGUCUCAAACAGAACCACAGGUUCCUCAAAAUCAUUUGCAUGCUGUACCAAAUGUUUCCAAUAUUGGAAAUGACAAAGUACAGGAAGAAGAUGACAGCUUUAGCUCUUGGGAUUGAAAGAUUGUACACAAUCAGCAAGACAUGGUGAAGAAGUUGUCUCUGUAUAAUCAUUUGGAAGGCCUUGUAUGCAUUCUUUAUAUCAUUCUUGAAGCGUGCAGGGCCUUCUUAGAUCUCUUGUUAUAGUGUACUAUAUUUCAAGUAAUAAAAAAUUCAUACACGAAAUUUAACAUGAACACUAGGAAAAAUUGGAAGCCACUGGAGUUGCUUAGAGAACAAUGAUGUUUUUGAGAAACCCAAUUUCUGUAAUAUUAACCUAAAGCAAAAAUCUGAUAAUGAAGGAAUACUUGUUCA